UUGUGUGCUCUUUGUUUGUUUCAGUGUGACAUUUUCUUUUGUUCUUUGGCAUGGGUGGGCUGUGGGUUCUGUUCCGCUGCUGCAAAGGAAAGUGAAGGUGGUGAGAGUAAAGUGACGAACAGGGGAGAUAUCUGAUGCUGAAGACGCUAUUGGCUGACAACACUUUGUAGCCCACUGUCUGUGACAGAGAGUGGGAUUUCCUUAACCGUUUCGUGAUGCGUAAUGACCCGACGACACCCCCCACACACUUUCUACAUGACAAGGGUCCGAUUUGUUUAUUGCAGUCGAACACAAUCUCUCAACUGUUAAGGGACUUUUAGAUCGAGCUUUUCGAUCCUAUUCAACUCUGCUUGUUUUUAGACACAAACUUCUGCUUCCUCAGAUAUUGAAUGGCUGUUGCUGGAGCUUUCACUUUCUCUAUAGAGCGAUUCGGCAAGUCACAGUGGAGAAUUCAAGGGGAAAUUUCAGCCCUGAUGGGUGGGAGUUUCCACUGCGACGGAGGUGGAGUUACAGUGAGGGUUUGAUCUGUUGUGGUUGUAAGCAUAUUAUCUCAUAUGUCAAAUGAGUGUUGGGAGUGUUUGUACAGUAGUUUUGGCACAGCACUAGUUCUUUUACACUUUCUUCUACUUUUCGGCAAACUCAAAUCAGAGUUUAACCACACAGCUUGGUUUCUGACAGCGUUUUUUCCCUUCAACAACAACAACAACAAAGCGGUGUCAAAAUGAAGUUUCUUGAGCUGGAUGACUCGAUCAGUCGCUUCAGGUUUUCACAGUCCUGUUUGGGAUUAGUGGGGUGCCUGUGUGUGUGCUAUGCAGUCUGGACACCUUACUGGGUGAAGGACAGGGGACUGUGGACGGAGUGGAACGCCACUGAAAGCGACCAGAUGAAUCCUAAAGAUGAUAUUGGCAUCAACGCUCUGGAAGCAGAGAGGGUCUUUGGAGUUCUCUCGUCCCUGAUGGCCGUGAGCACGGCUGCUCUGUGUCUGGUGUUUGCCCUCUGCUGGACAUCUCAGACAGUGCGCUCCUACUCAAACACUCGCGCUCUCCUCAUUGUACGAAAGGCGCUCUACCCCACUACCCUGCUGCUGUUCACCAUGGCCCCCACAGGUUUCUUCUUCCUCCUGAGCUGGUCUUUUUUCACAUAUCAGCACCGUGAAGAAAUCCGUCAGGACUUCUCCAGUCUUGGCUCCUCCUAUUUGCUGGGGGCUUUAGGUUGGACCCUGCUGCUUGUCGUGGAGCCGAUCGUCUUUAUCGUUGAACAGGCUUUCGUGCCGGACGUCCUACCUGACUUGGAGAAUGCUGUGGAGCCAUGGCGGAUUUCCUCUCCAUCUGAGGCCGACGAACAAUCUUUUAGUCAAAGUUCUCAUCCUUUAAGCCCCAAAAGCAACAAGGGUGUGAUGAAAUAUAUGUCUGAAUUUUGAAUGGAGUUCAGAAACAAAAAGGACAUGAUACAGAAUAUGAAGCUAAAUGAGUCAGUUUACACAUUAAAUCACACAAACUCAGCUGGCUGUGUAUUGAAAGAAUCCUGAAGUCAGCAAAACUGAAGUUUCCUGUUGGGCUUACUGUGGAAAUCAUUUUCUGGUUUGUUUUGUCACUGGUUUGUUGAUUGAAAUGAAUUGACAACACACUAAGGACUAAUAAUAUACCAACUAGUGAAAUAUACAACUAAUGAUAGGUUUGCGCCUCAGCCAGGAUCAGGUCCAGGUAUAAAGGGCUCCAAGUUAAAUCUACGUAAACAAGACAUUCAGUUAGUACAUUUAUCUGAAUAGUGGUGCUGCGAUAUAUCUUACCUGAUGUCAUUGUGAUGACCAUGCGACACUUCAAAUAGUAAUUCUCAUGUAAAAGAUAAUAGCUACUGAUUAAUGUUGACUGGCUGACAGAUUUACACAUUGCAAGCAUUUUUGAUCUGUUACAGGUCUUUCUUUUUUGUUUGCAUGGAGAUUUAACUUGGGUUUAUUUAUAAACAGAUGAGUAGUUCUCAGAUAUAUUCGAGAGCCCAUACUGUAAUUUCCACUACAGCAUUGUUUUAAUGCAGAGCUCUGUGAGGGCCUGAAGAUCAUGGUCAUUCAGUACUUGUUUUCAGCCAUGUCCCUUAUGCACAGAGACUUUCUGGUUUUCUUUUAAUAGUAGAUUGCACUGUAGUUAAGGAAAUUCCCACUUGCAAAUUCUUUGCAACUUUUACAGUAAGAAAAAUUGGUGUGCAUCAACAGAAUUCCAACUAUUGUCAGCUAGCUGUCAUUUGGCAGGACGUGGGGUACAUCUUUGAGUGGUUGCCAGUCCGUUGUAGGACUAAUAAUAAGAAACAACGUUCUUGAAUGAUCUGCCUGCACUACCUUUCACACUGGUGGACUCUUCUCCUUUAGACUUGUGAAACACUCUCUUUUCUUUUCUGUUUUCAUACCAAGUCUUUAUUAAUUGUGAAUUUUGUUACUUUGUUGUUUUUUUGUUGUUGCCCAUUUUGUAUUAAAACUUCUCGGUAUAACACGUA